AUGUUUCCGUCGUGCAUGUCGAUACUGCCAAGACGCAAUGAGCCUCGGCCCCCAAGACCGGGACAAACGCCCGUGGUCCUCAAUGUAUACGAUAUGUAUUGGACGAACUGGUAUACAGCCGGUGCCGGGGUGGGUGUAUUUCACAGUGGGGUCCAAGUACACGGGUCGGAAUGGGCGUAUGGGGGCCAUCCUUACGCGUUCACCGGCGUGUUUGAGAUAACACCACGCGACGAGCGGGAAUUGGGCGAACAAUUUCGUUUCAGACAAAGUGUACAUAUAGGAUAUACAAACUUCAGUGAAGAGGAAGUACGGAGGCUUGUUACUGAACUUGGCAAACAAUUCCGGGGUGACAGGUAUCAUCUAAUGAACAAUAAUUGUAAUCACUUCACAUCUGCCUUUUGUUUGGCCUUAUGUGAUAAAGACAUCCCGUCGUGGGUGAAUCGCCUCGCGUAUGUCAGCUCCUGCGUGCCCUUCUUACAGAGGUGUUUGCCCAAGGAAUGGCUGACGCCGGCCGCGUUGCAACAGUCGCUUGCCGUGCACUCGCGCUCUUCGUCGCCCACCACGCCGCAAUAG